ACAAAAUUCAAACUCCAAUUUGUUUUCUUUCUUUCAAACUUCCAUCCAACUCGCUCUCUCUCCUGUACUUCGUUCCCGACUCUCGUUUUACUUCUCAAUUAAGCUGUCUUUAAUAAUUGUUGAUUUAAUCUCAUCUUCAUUAAAACCCUUACUAAAUUUUCUUCUCAUUCAAAUUCGAUCCCGUCUCUGCUAAUGGCCAAUGUUGAUUCCACUGCUUCUGUGUCCUUUUCUGGUCCACUUGUACCCAAGAAAGAAAAUAUUACCCCCAUUGGCUCUAAAAUCACUGAAUUGAAUGAAUCGAGGGCCGAGCUGCUUAAUAGAAUUCAAGGACUCAAACAGGAUUUGCAAAACUGGAGAUCGAAAUUAGACACUCAAGUCAAGAUCUAUCGCGAUGAACUGUGUGAAAUGAAGAAAUCACUGAGUGUUGAAGUUGAGCAGCUUCGAUCAGAAUUUCAAGAAUUGAGGACCACUCUCCAUCAACAACAAGAUGAUGUUACUGCUAGUCUCAGAAAUUUAGGGCUGCAGGAUGUUUCAGGAGAUGCCAAAGAAGUCCAAGAUCCCCAGGUCAAUGAAAAAGAUGAGGAAGUCCAUCUCUCUGUGGAGGAUGACGUUAAAAAGGAUGAAAACUAGACUGGUUUCAAGUUAAUUUCUCUUUCUCUGUGCUCUCAGAGGUAAUCUAUUCCCCCUAUCUAUCCAAAUCUUGAACCUUGUAUUUGUUCACAUCUGUUAUUGCAAUUUUGCCCAGACUAAAUUCUCUUCUGAAUCGAGGAAAUUAAAUUGUGAUCUGCUUAGGUCUUUGUUCAA